CCAGGUUUCACGAUGGGUUCAGGUUUAGUAACUUGUUGUUUGGAGGUCAGUGUGCGUUUAUGAAUCAUGGGCUCUUUAUUGACCGGACGAACAGUCUUGGGGGUAGACUGUGCGACUAAAUUACCAGUUAUUUUCCGUGCAGCAACUCUUGGGUUGCUCGGCUUAGGCGGUGAUGCCUGGUUCUUUUGGGCUCUCUUAACGUGAGUCGAAUCACAUGCAGGGUUUUUGGAAACCACUGUUGUGUUCGGGGACCCUGAGCUGGGAGACCCGAGUUUGCCUAGAGAGUUCAGUACCGUCGACGUAAUGAUGGUACUGAGCCUCGACACGUCGUCGUUAGUGUGGAUGGAUGCUCCAUCGAUGGAAUACCUAUCGAUAUCCCUGUUUUUGAGUCCGUUGCACUCUCUUGUUUGUAUAUCAGUUUUUUUACUAUCGUAUUCCAAGUUAACUGACAACUUGUUCCGAAGACUUGUCAGUAGGACAAUGAUGUUACUCAGCAAGACUACGGAGUCUGUGUUGCACGUGACACACACCCACUUUUGCUCUGACUUGCUGAGUCUGUUGUAAGCAGUUGCUGUCAGAUCUGUGCAUGCUUCGUGGAACCAACCUUUGCAGUUGUCGCACUGCAUGCCAGUUGUGACAGCAAAACGGCAUCCCGGACGUUUGCAUGAGUUUUUCAUGACGGUGUUGAAGCAAAUUAUGUUAUAGAUGCUUGCAAGAGCCUAGGACCUUUUAAAAAAAAACACUAAAAAGCACACUGAAAACGGACAAAAAUGGACAAAACGAGUGAUAUAAACUGAAACUAGUCUAUACGUGAAAAACAAAAAAAAACCGAAUAGUAAGCUGAGGCAAAACCACAGGUAACUAUUAAAUAUAGUGAAACUCAAAAAAAAAGUAAUCUACCGAACGUAUAGCUCAGGAUAGAUUCUUUAGAACUGAAAUGGUACUUUUGUUGCGUAAGAACACAGCAAAAGUUUGAUAAAUGCAAAUCACGUUAGGACUAAACUUCCCGUUUGAAGAUUCGUCCUAUAUCAUGCAUCAUCACGAUGGCAUCGUCUUCGUUACUUGAAGAAUGGACGUUACCAGACAUGCUGUGGCUGAACUCAAUUCAAAUCUAAAAAUGUCUUGAUUUGACCGCUUCUGAAAAUUUUCACGGAUUGUCGAUGUGACGCACCAAUCAUUAUGUGACGGUUUGACCUUCAAGUGCUCUCAACCCCCAUCAGUGGACGAUACCCUAGGAGCGUUGCUGAUGUCUUACUCUGAAGCGGAUGCAGUUAAGAAGUUGCAAGGUCUAGAUAAUUCUCAAGUUUCGGUAGAAAGUACAUCCCAGUGGUUUCUAAGUAAUAAACAAAUGGCUAAAGACUUGGUCAAGCUCUGGUUUAAAGAGUUUCGCAAAGCUGCUCCUAAGAAGAAAAUCGCUUUUCUGCAUCUGGCUAACGAUGUUAUACAAAGGGGUAUAACUACAGCUCCUCAGUUCAAGAAACUGUUUGAACCAGUUUUGCCUACGGCGUUUAAAGAAACAUCAAAAGUACAGCGUCAUUCAGUGCGUUCAUCUGUCGCUCAUCUUUUAAUCGUAUGGGCUACUCGUCGAGUGUAUUCUAAGAGUUUUCUUAGACAGUUACGUUUUAUAUGCCAACGAGCGGUCGCUGAAGCAGAUACGCCAGAUGCUAGUGAAGAGAUUAAACGUAACAUCAUUGCUGCAUCACCAUUCGCUUUCUCAUUCACAGCAGUUUUGACAAAUUCAUCAGGAUUAUCAGGGAAUAAAGAAUCAUCUGUUGCUGGUAAUAAUCUUCAUACACCCAAGUUAAUUGACAAUAACAAAGUGAAUCGUAAACGACACCGUUCUUCAACUACAAAAGACAUCUCAACGGCUCCAAUAUGCUUUGACCCUAAAAAUUAUGGAGAUAGUAAUAUGUCCCGUAAUUCAAUUUCUGCAUUCCGUGAAGAGUUAGACCUUGAACUACAAACUGAGGCUACCGAACCUCCAAAGGUCAGUGAACUUAUUCAACUUUUAGAAACUCUUCAAUCAGCUGCUUCUGCUGAUGCUGCUACACGCCGUGAAAUAGCACAAUUCCCGCCGGAAGUUUCUGAUCCUAAUAAAGCAAUGGAAAUUAUGAAGUCAUCAUCUGAACAAGAACAACAAGCAUUAAUAGAACUUAUCAGUAAAUGUUCCUCUCGACUAGAUGUCUACAAUCAAUUGUUAGAAGAAGAAACAACUAAACGUAACCAGUUAGCUCUUCAAUUACGUGCUUUUCAUAGUCAUUUGAACGAACGAAUUUUACAGGCUAAGAUUGAAGUCGAUGACUUGAAGUCGAAAUUAGAUCAUGGUCACUCAUUAAAAAGUGAACUGAAUAAACAUAUUUUAAAUCUUCCUGAUCUGCAUCUUCUACCUGAUAUGACAAAUUUCGGUUUAGAUCCGUUACCAACAGUUGGUGAUCUAUUCGGUUAAAUUUCUAGUCUCAAGUUAUGUAAUCAUCAGUUCAUGUAGUAUUGUCUAUCUUCCUUCUUGACUUACUUUUCUAUGUAUAUCAGUCCAAUGUAUAAAGCUUAACAUUUUGUAAAUAUAAAUUUUAUUUCUAGUAAUAUGAAUUGUGUUUUUCCCCCGAGUUUAUAUUAUAUGAUAUCUGUGUAUAUCUGUUCAUAUGUUCAGCUCCUCUUCAAUUUCUUUCACGUGUAUGUAUGAUUGAAUGAAUGAAUAUGUGUAUGAAACAGUUCAUUCAAGUUGCACACCAUUAUUUCAUUGGUGAUUUCCUUUCUUUCAAUAGACAAAUGUAUUUAAGACUUUCUUUAUUAUUUCAAGAGCUCUACUUGACAACUCAGUUUAAUAAAGUAGAAGUCUACUUUUGAAUAACUUUGCCAAUAUUGUUUAACUUCAAUUAGUACCUUAUACGGAGUAUAAUUAAAACGAACUAUCACUGGCUUUCAGUUUAUUUUGAAAACACUAGUUAAUAUUUUUGGUUGAAAUGGGAAAAAAAUCUUUUUAAGAAUAAGCACAUUAUACUAGUUUUCUAUAUAGCUCCCUAAACUAUGAAAUCCUAAAUCCUACACAAAUGACUAACUUCUAAGUAAUGAUUGUCUGAUUAGGAUUUCAGUUUACGGCUUACUACUGGUUUAAAUUAAAAUCUGUUGGUAACUAAAUUCUGCGGUAAAAGUAUACUAUACUGACGACCUUGGACAAAUUUUCACUCAAUAAGGAAAUUCUGACUAGUCAUAAAACAAUUAGCAAUACAAACCAGUGAAAUAACAGAGGAGUAAUAGCUUUAAUCUGAAUAAUUAAACAUCUCCAAACCCUAAUCUUUCCGAUUGCUGCUUAUACUUUUAUUGUCUCUACCACUACGGGAUUUGAAUCAACAACUGCAUCUCUGUGCUAAUAUGGUGGGGCAACUCGAACUGAUGUACGUACGUACGAAGUUCUACGUUGUUACUGACUGACUGACUGGAAUUAAACCUCAUAUGUCAAAUUAUCCCUUUUAGUGAAAUAAAUAGGUCAAGUAUACACAUAUAAAUACAAAUUAAGAGUCGAGCUAGUAUUAUCACCCCUUAGAGUUUUCGUCACUAACUGACAUCAGCGAUAAUGCAAAAUGUUUAGUGUUAGGCAUUAUAGGUUUAGCUGGAGUUCUGAGAAGGGUUUACAAAAUCGGG